AUGAGGUUUGAAACAUGUUAUAGCUUUUAUGGACGUGGAAAGGCUAGAAAACGUUUAACAAACAAAUUUUCAAUGCCACAAAUGAGGGUAGUACAGAGUAGCACUCCUUUCACUAAAGUAAGCCUUACCGAGGGACGAUGUGGGACGGGAGGUCGCCGGCACAGAUCCGACUUUGUGUCACCUCCAGGUUGCACUUCAGCUCGGCACUUGCACAAUACUUGUCCCGGUUACUUUCACUCAAUCCAGGGUAUCACACACUGUAAUCCGGGCACAGUUCACAAGGGUGUCCGCGAGAAUUGGCGCGACGGCGCUGCGGGCCGCGUGCGCCGGACGAGUGGCGUUCGGCGCUGUCGUUACGACACGCUGGAAAGUAAAAGUGAGUGGCGCGGGGCGAGGCAUUUCUCCUACUUUCGCUGUGAUUCACGCCAGCCAAGGUUGCUCCAGCCACUCCCGCGCCUCCCGUACAAUAUGCCACAUUGA